AUGUCCGAAAAGCAAGACUUUAUCGAGGUUUAUACCAAGGGCAUAAAGGCUUGGUUUCCGGAUAAAGAAGAAGGCUGGGUUUCUGCUACUUGCGUGUCUAAUACAGUGGAGGGUGACAAAAUAACGUUGAAGUUUAUAGACGACUCAGCUGAAAAAGAGCAUGUGUUUGAAUCUACACUAACUGCUAUCAAAAAAUCAAAUGGCUCCAACUUGCCACCUCUUCGAAAUCCACCUAAGAUGGAAUACACAGAUGAUCUAACGAAUUUGAGCUACCUAAAUGAACCCUCUGUUCUAAAUACAAUCAGAACGAGAUACAUGCAGCACUUGAUUUACACCUACUCUGGCAUCGUGCUGAUCGCUGUAAACCCAUUUGAUCGUGUUCCGCUUUACGAAUCAGAUAUUGUGCAACAAUACUCUGGUAAACGAAGGGGUGAGCUUGAACCUCAUCUGUUUGCUAUUGCAGAAGAAGCCUAUCGAUGUAUGAUACGAGAACAAAGAAAUCAGACUAUUGUUGUCUCGGGUGAAAGUGGUGCUGGUAAAACAGUCAGUGCCAAGUAUAUCAUGAGAUAUUUUGCAACAGCUGAUGAUCAAGAAUCAACGGGAAAGGUCAAGAAGGAUAGUGGAUCCUUAACAGAAGUAGAAGAACAGAUAUUGGCUACAAAUCCUAUUAUGGAAGCCUUUGGUAAUGCAAAGACAACUCGAAAUGAUAAUUCCUCUAGAUUUGGUAAAUAUAUUGAAAUUCAGUUUGAUGGUUGCGCAAACAUUGUGGGGGCAAAGAUUAGGACGUAUUUAUUGGAAAGAUCAAGGCUUAUAUUUCAACCUGAGACUGAAAGAAACUAUCACAUCUUUUAUCAGCUCUGUGCAGGCGUUCCUUCCCAAGAGAGAAAAGAGUUUGAAUUAAAUGAUUAUACAUAUUUUCAUUAUCUAAAUCAAAGUGGAACUGGCGAAAUUCCUGGUGUGGACGAUAAACAAGAGUUUGAUCUGACUCAAAAAGCCCUUUCUACAGUGGGCCUCUCUGUCGAUUUACAAUGGAAGAUAUUUAGAUUACUAGCAGCUUUACUUCAUAUCGGUAAUAUCAACAUAACAGGACGUAAUGAUGCUCUUCUUUCAGACACAGACCCUGCUUUGGCAACCUCCACUCGACUUUUGGGAAUCAACGCUGACGAGUUUAGAAAAUGGAUUGUUAAAAAGCAAAUCAUCACCCGUUCAGAAAAGAUUGUGACAAACCUAACACCAGUUCAGGCAAAUGUUGUGAGGGAUUCCGUCGCUAAAUAUAUCUAUUCCAAUCUGUUUGAUUGGCUUGUAGGUGUCAUCAACGAAAGCUUGUCAUGUACUGAUGAACAAAGUACUGUCAAGAAUUUUAUCGGCGUACUUGAUAUCUAUGGCUUUGAGCACUUUAAGCAAAACUCUUUUGAACAAUUUUGCAUCAACUACGCCAAUGAGAAAUUACAGCAGCAGUUUAAUCAACAUGUCUUUAAGCUGGAACAAGAAGAGUAUAUGAGAGAAAAAAUUAACUGGACAUUUAUCGAGUUUAGCGAUAAUCAGAAGUGUAUAGAAAUGAUCGAGGGAAGAUUGGGUAUUUUAUCUCUUUUAGACGAAGAGUCUCGACUGCCUGCAGGUACAGAUCAAGCUUUCUGCCAAAAAUUGUAUGACCAUUUUGCAACACCAGAGUACAAGAAUUACUUUAAGAAGCCACGCUUUUCAAACCAAGCAUUUACCGUUGAACACUAUGCUCACGAAGUGCAAUAUGAAGCCGAGAACUUUUUAGAAAAGAACAAAGACUCACUACCCGAUGAACAUUUGGAAAUGCUUCGAAAUUCAGAAUUCAAUUUCUUGGAAGAAAUUCUUUCAAAAUCUUUGUCUGCUGCUCAAGCAAUGGCCUCUGCAGACAAUAAGAGAAAGAGCAUGAUCUCUAGAAAGCCCACUUUAGGUUCUAUAUUUAAGAAUUCACUUAUCAAUUUGAUGGAUACUAUAGGAAAUACGAACGUGCAUUACAUUCGUUGUAUUAAGCCUAACGAGGCGAAAGUCGCGUGGGAAUUCGACGGGCCUAUGGUUUUAUCCCAAUUACGUGCUUGUGGUGUUCUCGAAACGAUUCGUAUUAGUUGUCUGGGAUAUCCAUCUCGUUGGACUUUUGAGGAAUUUGCUGAACGUUAUUAUGCUCUUGUUCCAUCAAAACAGUGGGAGACAAAUGAUAUUGGAUCUCUCUGUCAACUUGUUCUAGAUAGCUGCAUCAAGGACACAGAUAAAUAUCAAAUUGGUGAAACCAAAAUCUUCUUCCGUGCCGGUCAGCUUGCCUAUAUGGAAAAGUUAAGAUCAGACAGAUAUGAUGCUUGUGCCAUUGUUCUUCAAAAAAACAUGAGACGCUUUGUCUAUCGUCGACGUUAUGUACGUCUCCAGGCAUUAAUUAUUCAGCUUCAAUGCCUUGCUCGUCAAAAACUGGCUACACAUAAAUUACAAGAACUUCGACAAAACAAGGCAGCCAUCAUUAUCCAAACGAACUUUAGACGAUAUAUUGCUCACAAGACAUUUAUAUCUAAAAAAGACUUUAUCAUCAGACUCCAGACAGCCAUUCGUAGCCGUCAAACGCGCAAAGUACACAAGAAUUUGCAAGAGCAUCAUGCUGCUAUACAGAUCCAACGCCAUGUUAGAGGAAUGCUUGUUCGUAAAUGGUACAAGUCUCAGAUUGCACACAUCGUACUCUUACAAUCCUGUAUUCGUCGCCGAACUGCUCAAAAGCAGCUUGUUACUUUACGAUUAGAAGCCAAGUCUGCAAAUCACUUUAAGGAAGUAUCGUAUAAGCUUGAAAAUAAGGUAGUCGAAUUAAAUCAAAUAAUUGCUACCUUAAAGGCCGAGAAGACAGCGUCAGAUCAAAAGACAGUGCAUUUAGAAGCUCAGUUACAACACGCCACUGAAAGAUAUGAAAAGAUGGAGAGGUCAUCUACAGAGGUUGAACACAGCCUGAAAAAACUAAAGGCAAGUUACGAGCUACUUCAGGAAGAGCAUGACAAGAUCAAAUCAGAAUAUACGUCUACUCUUGAAAAAGCACAAAAACUGACAAAAGAAACAAGCGUGCUCAAGGAGCAACUCGAAAAGGAAAAGAUGAAGCUGCAACAACAAAAGGAUGAAGCAAAGCCUACAAAGGACGAGAAUGCGAGCGAAGUAGCCGAGCUAAAGCAACAGAUCACCGCUUUAAAGGCUCAGUUAGCAAGAGCCAUGCACAGCACAAGAAAGCAAGAUUCUUUAUCUCCUGCAAGAAAUGGCAAUCGAACUUUAUCACCAUCGCCUAUGCGUGGAAGACAGCCAUCGUUUAGCACAGAGGAACCUCUGAAGCAGACAACUCUGCUGACCAACAGGAAAACACGCAGAAAUAGCUCUAUUGAGGUGGGUGCUGUAGGUGCCAAGUCUUCCAUCGAUCGAAUUCGAUUGGCGGAAGAGUUGAGCAACGGUAAGACGCCUAGACCUACCUCACUUGGCCUGUAUGGUAUAAACGGUCAAGCGGGUCGAUUGAAUGCCAUUUCAAGUGAUCCUGAGGAAGAGAUUAACUCUAUCCUUCGCCAAGAAGAACCGCUCCAGGAAGAGAUCUUGAGUGGACUCGUCAAAUCAUUAAAGAUCCCCUUACCUAGUACAAAAAAUCCUCCCUCACUCAAAGAAAUUGUAUUUCCUGCGCAUAUCAUUGGUCUAUGUGUGAAAGGUAUGUGGAGAAUUGGGUACCAUCGUGAAUCAGAAAACUUGGUCUUUGCUGCCAUUGAUGCUAUUCAGAAGCAAUGUUUGACAUUUAGUGGGGAAGAUGCUUUUGUACCAUGCUCUUUUUGGUUAACAAAUACACAUGAGCUUUUGUCCACUAUUAUUCAAACAGAGCAACAGUUCCAAAAGGAAUUGCACGAAAGAGGCCACUCUAUCAGCUGGAGAGAACUUGAAAAGCUGACUCAAGACAUCAAACACGAGUUGCAGUGUCUCGAAGACAAUAUCUAUCAAAUUCUUGUCAAAGAAAUCAAAAAGCGGUACAGCAAGAUGGUCAUUCCUGCUGUCAUCGAGAGCCAAUCGCUACCAGGAUUUAUCACAAAUGACUCUGGUAGAUUCCUAAAUAGACUCUUUAUGACCCACAGUGAACCUGCAUACAACAUGGAUGACUUGCUGGCAUUCUUACACAAGGUGCACAAAACGAUGACAUGUUACUCUAUUGAACCAUCGGCCAUUCGUCAGGUUCUAACAGAAGUUUUGAAAAUGACUGGAACCAUGUCUUUUAAUGAUUUGUUGAUGCGAAAAAACUUUUCAUCUUGGAAGCGAGCCAUGCAAAUUCAAUACAAUAUCUCUCGUAUUGAAGAAUGGUGCAAGAAGCAUAACAUACCUGAAGGAGUACUUCAACUAGAACAUCUCACUCAAGCUACCAAGCUACUUCAAUUAAAAAAGGCCAGUCUGGAAGAUAUUGAAAAUAUAUAUGACGUUUGCUGGGUUCUAUCUCCAACCCAAAUUCAAAAGCUUAUUUCCCAGUACCAUCUUCUUGACUAUGAAACCCCUAUCAAACCCGAAAUACUUAAAGAAGUUGCCAAUCGUGUAGUGUCUGGAGGUAAUAAUGUAUUACUACUAGAUCUAGUUCCUUUGGAUACGUCUGCACAAUUUGAAAUACCCAGUCCGCGUAAAGUGACAGAACAUCUUUAUUUACCAGCAUGGAUGCAACUUAAACGUCUUCGUCAGCUUAUUCAAUUAGAAGCUGCUCUUGAUGAAACCAAGCGAAAUGAAGUAAUUGUAGAAGAACCAGGAAACUUGUGA